AUGGAUGCUUACGUUAUCCGUAAGGUGAGUUCGAGUUAUCCGUGCCAUUUCAUAUUUUAUUUACCAUCUUUUGCUUCUUUUCAUGUUGUUCAGGGACACACCAAUGAUGAACUUUCCUCUGGAGAGAGUUAUGUGGGCUUGUUUGUUCAGAUGCUUGGACUUGACAAGGAUCCUCUGGACAGAGAGCAGGCAGUAGUUACGUUAUGGAAGUAUUCUCAGGGAGGAAAGCAUUGUAUUGAUGAGAUCAUGAAGUUCAGAGGCUCUAUUAUUCUCAUCAUCAACUUUCUUAAAUCGGAUUCUGAUUUAAUCCGUGAAGCUGCUGCGGGCCUGUUGCGGAAUAUAUCCUCUGUAAAAGUUUAUAUGGAAUCUGUUGUAGCAAGUGGAGUGAUAGAAGAGAUAGUUGGCCUCCUUCACCAGUCAGAUCUGACGCCAGAGGUAUACUACACUGUCAUAUCUGUUGUGGGCACAAGGAGGGUGCAUAAUUCUGGUGAUGUUCUUGCAGGUGAAGGAGCAUAGUCUAUGUACCUUGUGGAACUUAUCUAUUGAUGAGACAUACAGGAUGAAGAUUGCAAGAAGUGAUAUUAUGCCAAUCCUGAUUAAGUAUCUUGAUGACGAGGAGUUAAAAGUUAAGGAGGCUGCAGGUGGUGUGCUGUCAAAUCUGGCUCUGAGUCCCUGUAAUCACAGUACUAUAGUAGAAUCUGGUGUAAUCCCAAAGUUGGUAAGGUUUUAUAUAAAUUUAUUCUUAUCAGGAACGUGGUUUGAAUAUUUGUAGCUAAAUCAAUUUUCCUUAGUUCUAGAUGGAACAGCAACAUUGAAGAUAUUGUGGGAAAAACCAAGUCUUGGGCAUUGAUCUACAGUUUCAGGAAAAGGGACGAUAUUAAAUCAGAAAUUUCUAGUGCAUAAAUUGUUUUUAAUCAUUACCUAGCACCAUAAAUGCUUUACGCUUGAAAAAAAUGUAAAAUUGAAGUCUAAUUUUUACUCUCUUAGAUUGUUAAUAUUUGAAAUUCUUAUGAAAGGAUGAUAAAUAGUUUACCGAGUGUAUACUCCAUUCUUAAUAAUGCAAUGUGCCCUUGAGGAAGUUACGGCUUUUUUCUUUUUGUGGAGAUGACGAGGAGAAUAUUAUUGGCAUACAUCUUCUAAAAUACGUCGAUAUCAAGUGAUCUGGACAUUUAUCUUUUGCCAACAAUUUUGUGGUAAUGUAGAUAAAUAUGUUAGAGAAAUAUUUUUUGUCAACACUUGUGUUGCCCAGCCAAAAGUACCUGAGCAAUGAACUAAAAGAAUUUUUCAUGCCAUGUAGUUCUUUAUCUUUUGCUUGCUAUUGAUUUUGUGUCCUGACGUAUGUUCCUUUCUGGAGUUGCUUAAUAUCUAGGUAAUUUAAUCUUUUGUCAGACGGAGUAGAUAGAAGGUUGGAAUGUUCAAUUCCUACUUAAGCAGCCUUAUCAGAACAACUCGGUUUGUUAUGAAAACGUUUAGUGUCUCGAUUAAGUCAUAUUUAUUCUAAGGUAUUGAACUACGGUGGAAGGGUAAUCAUAUUAUAUAGUGACCAUAUUAUGUCUUUUGCAUUUUUUGGGCUAAAAGUAACACUUGCUCGAGUUAUUUGUACUGUUGUUAUGCUCGUUUGCAUAGGAAGCGACUGCAAAUUGAUUAAAAUGCAUUCUGUGAUCAAAUAUUAUUUUUCUAUUUAGAUGAAACUAAUCUAGUCCUGUUUACCUCAUUGAACGAUUUGUAUGGCUGGCUUCUGCUAUGUUUCUUUCAUGACUUGAUUUGUGUUUCCUUUAAAAUGAUUUUUUUACAUGUAUUGAUACUACUGUUGAUUACAGGCUGAAUUCCUGAUAGAUAAUACCGAAGGACAUAAAAUCCUUAGAAAGGAAGCAAAAAAUGUUUUGCUGGAACUUUCUAAAGAUGAAUACUAUAAGAUCCUCAUCAUUGAAGAGGGUCUUGUAUUUGUUCCCCUAGUUGGGGCUUCUGCAUACAAAUCCUUCAGGCCUGUCUCUCAUUCAUGGCCGUCAUUACCUGAUGGCACAGAAAUUGAGAGGACUGCACGUUUUUCAAGAUAUGGUGCUUCUGAAUUGCUUCUAGGUCUAAAUUUUCGUGAGAAAAGUCUGAAUUUAGAGGAAAUGAAGAUGCAUGCAAUCGUUGGACGUUCUCAGCAGCAAUUUCUUGCACGUAUUGGAGCUAUAGAAACUGAGGACGAUAACUCUGCACUAGGGUCCUUGCCAAAUGAUCGAGAGACCAUUUUGCCAUGGAUGGAUGGUGUAGCCCGUUUAGUGCUGAUACUUGGACUUGAAGAUGUUUCUGCUGUUAAAAGGGCUGCAUGGGCAAUAGCUGAUUCAUCAAUUAGUGAGCACUUGAGGUUUGCAUUUAAGGAAGCUGGAGCAGUAAGACUUCUAGUGCAGCUUCUGUGUCAUAAUAACGAUGAAGUUAGAGAGGCUGCGAUUUACGGUUUGGAGAGACUCUCUGUCAGGUUGCUUGCUUAGUCUACUCUCGUGUUAUAUUUUAUUUAAUUUAUGUUUCGAGUCAAUUUCAUUAAUCUUGAUAAAAUUUAAUUAACCAUCUAACAGUCAUUUGUUGAUGUAGUUGGGUUUUCUUUGUUGCCAAUUCUCAUUGAAUGACCUAAACUGUAAAAAAUGCCACCAUGGAGCAAAAUCCAGUGAAAGUGAACUAGAUCAUUUAUAUUGAAUGUCUCUUGACAGAUUUAAAUAUUUCCACUGUAGUUUUUUGAUAAUUCUGUUUCUACCCUUUUUCAUUUUUGCUUUUGCACAGCUUCAAGGUUUCCCAGAUGCUUGAUGCGGAAAGGGUGCUAGAUCCUCUUAUUAAUGUUCUUAAAAGUGGAUGUUCGUCAGAAAAUCUGAAAGAAAAGGUUCAAUAUGUUACACUUUACUUUUGUUCUUGAUAGAUUUCUUAUUAAUAUUUACUGAUAUAUUUCUUAUUAAUAUUUUAAAUUUCAGACUGUAAGCAUACUUUCUCGGAUACUUGAUCCAGAAAAUGACAUGAAAGCAAAGGUGUGUGAGAUGAUACUUUUUGGUCAUAGUAACUGUGCUUAAACGUUUAUUUAAUUAUCGGACUCUGGUGUUUAUGAUUAUGGCAGUUCUCCAAUGAUCUGGUUAGUGGACAAAAUGAGACAAGCGAUAAUGUUAGUUCUACAGAAACGGAAGGUUUGAGAGAGACGCAAGAUCUCUUAUCGAAACCUCAAGUAAUGGUGAGGUACGCCAGGCAUGGCUUCUUUUGUCAUACAUAUGUCUGUUACCUUAAGUAAGAACCAUGAAUCUUUGUGACAUUAGCUGUAGUGAAUGACAAUGAUUGAUGUGGGACCCUUGUUACAUGUAAAUUCUUGGGAUUGCUGCAGCUAGAAGUUCAUUUGCUUAUAUAACCUUCUUCCAUGGUUCUUUGAUGAAAUGCUGUGCGGGUAUGCCCUAUUGUGGAUAAACCAAAGCAUAUUUAUAAAGCUUGUUUAUCCUUCAAGUCUGUCGACUGAAAUCAGGGUUGAGCGCUCUCCUUGCUCAGGAAGUUGCACAAAAACUGGAAUGAAGGGGGAUGUGACUGAGAUUGAAAAACUAGAUAGAGAAGGACCUUUCUUGGAGGAUUUAUGCUCUGUCCCGGAAGGAAUAUUAGGCUAGUGUACCAUUGCCAUAUGGUGAACAUUAGGGACUGGUCUUAAGGAGCUGAUCAAACUUGUUUUCAACAAACUAGUAAUAGUCCAUCCUUUUGUGACUUUGCACCAGUGAUAACAGAGUAUGGCUCAUUAUUUUAUGGACAGAGUAAUAGCCCAUCCUUAAGGCAAAUGGAUUCUCCCACCUUAGGUGAGCCCCUUUCUUUCUCCGUCUAGGACAUUUUGAAAACCGAUGUCCCCCCACUCUAUCAGUAUAGAUCUAACAAGCAUUCAAGUUUUAUAGCAUCACUUUCUCCUUUUAGCUUAAGUGCGUCAACGAAAGUUGUAGAAGAAAAUCAUGGAAACUGGAAAAGGCCUCCUUCAGUUUUCGUCCAUAAGGCAUUAAAAUGAAAGAGAAAGGAGAGUUUAUCUACGCGGAGUUGUAGCAGUUGUAUGCCACGAGGUCGCUCUCCAAAAGGGGAUAAGUGAAUCAUUUCUUUUGGAGACAUUCAGCCCUAUAACAUGAGUUCAACCCGCUAGUUGGCACGGUUGGUGAAUCAAUUGGUUGUUAACAACUUUCACUGCCAACAGAUAAAAGUAUGAAGAAAAUGACCAAAAGCAUGUUUUUUUGAAAUGGUCAGAAUAUUUCUACCAGUUACACUGUGGGAAAACGUUUUGUUUUCUCAUGGAAACAUAUAAUUUUUUUACAAGGAUAUAGUCUAAUACGUUGUCUAAUUUUCAGGUAUUUAUGAACCUGUGGAUAAGGUGAUGUAUAAUUGAUCUUCCUUUCACGUAUAUGAGAGAGUUAUUGUGGAAAAAUAAGCUGAAUAGCUAAUCGACAUUAUUCAUUACGUUGGUAUUCCAACAUGCAAUACCCGGCUCAACAUAUUUAUUUUUUCUGCGCAUAUAACUGUUACUUCACUCAUUAUGGCUAAUUUUUUUUAUUGUCGUGUGCUCUCUCAUUUCUUUGACCACGCUAAUUUGAAACAACAUUCAGGUCUCUCUUGAAGUGGUAGUAUGAAGUAGAUUGUUGCUGAAUAUAGUUACCACAAAACCUGAUUAUAUUUCAGUGUGAUGUAACUAUUACUACAAUUCUUUCUUUUUGAUGUAAAUGUGAAGUGAUAGAGCAUUAUCUGGGAUGUAAAUUUAUACACAUUUAGUGAUAACGAACAUUAAUUUUUAUUUUUAGGGAGAAGAUUAUUAACUCGGACUUCAUUUCCUGCGUUGUUGAACUUCUGAAGGCUCCAUCACCAAACAUACAGAAGAUGGCUGCAUCUAUACUUGAAUAUGUUGCAAAUCUCGAGGAGCAUGUUAGUGUAAUUAUUGCUGCUGGAAUUGAAUCUGGACUUGCUGCUGUUUUCCAAAGAAGUAUUUUGCCUGGUUUGUGAAUUUCCGUUUACGUAAAGAGAGUUUUUACCCUUGUUUCCUGAGAAGUGGUAUGCUUUCACAUUGGGUCUUACAAUCACAUCAUGUGGUAUUGUUGAUUUGGAUUAAUUUUCUGUUCAUUUCUUAUCAUUGUAAUUAUUUCAGUUAUAGGUAAUUGCUUUGAGAAUGUUACUGAGAAUUCUGAGUCGAAUAUUUUGAUGGUUACCUGACCUUGUUUCAGUCAACAUAGAGAUGAGCAGAAGCCAAAGAAGUCUUUAUAAAUCUUCAGAAUUUCGUUGAACCAAAGAAGCCACGGAAUUAGAAAGUUGCUUUUGAAACAUGUUAAAUCUGCCAUGAGAUCCAUAUAAUGAUUUCCGAACAUGAUGCAAUGUAUUUUGAACACUUUUUUCCAUUGGUAAAGAGUCUCUGAGGAGUGCUGACUGAAAAGCCUAGUAUUAUCCCAUACCGAACGUUUGGACUUGAGUGGAUUGUUGCAUUCCUGUUCGUCUCUGGUUUUAUUGGGGAGGGAGCUUUGUCUGGAAGAAUUUUUUGUUUGGCCACACGAGGAAUGUGUGGCAACAGAGAAUACUUUCAAGCCGUCCUGAUUCAAGGGUACUUCUAUCUAAAAAUGUUUGAAUUGCAACCGAAAAAAUUAAAGGAAUGGGAAGACUAGUUAUGAGAAGGGGGAUGAGUUGGAGAGAUCAGGAUGGUGGCCCGCUUCAUUUCCAUCUAUUACUAUAAAAUAAUGAUCUUCCAUAAUUCAUGUAGUCUUUAUGGCCAUAACAUCUAGAACCACCUAAUUGGAUCUCGCUUCUUUCCUGCUUCUUCAUAUACCAAGGAAGAUGAUACCUAUCGGCCUGAGUCUUGAUAUUUCUUUGGAUUUUAAAUGAGUUAGUAAUGUCUUCUUUGAUAUAAAUGGCUAAAUAUGGUAAACUGCUGUGAAAUCUUCAAUUCUCUUUGACAAAGUUGAUGUGGAACAGACUUGUGGGAGAUGGAGGAAACCCAAAAAGGUGAAACACAGAGCCCAGAAAGGAUAACAUGGAAAGCCAUAGAUGUCGUUGGAGGCUUUUCUAGAUCCUUCAUUUAAGUAUCAUCUUCAUAUUAUUUUCCUAUUUUUGAGGAAAUCCUUUGUUUUAUCAAUAGUUAUUGGUAGUUACGAGUGUCUAGCAAGAUCCAGAAUAAAGUGUCUGUACACCACAUUACCACUAGGGAACAAGGGUUAGAGGGCAACUUAUUUUAAUUAUUCCUUGGUUCCUGUGUUUUACAUAUUUUCUGCAUUAUUCUAUUAUAUCAUGGAGAUGUUGCUCGUGUCUCCUCUUACUUAUUUCCAUUUUUAUUUUUCUUUGAUUUUACCAUUUUUAGUAUACUAUAUUGUUUACCACUCGUUCGAUUUUUAUUUUUUUAACUUCUUUGAUAUUAUUGGUCAGGAGAAAAAAUACCUGACUCAAUAAGGUGGUGCAGGCAGGCACUUUGAAAAGCAUGCUUUAUAUAUGAUGCUAUUCAGCUAUUUUUCAUGAAACCUGAAAUAUAUUGUUGGUUGAAUUUACGUAGGGCUUUCUCUCUGAAAUCUAAUCACCCUGUUUAUCUGUCCACAAGAACUGAAGAGCUUAUCUACUCACUGAUAAUGUGCAAAAAUGGGUAGUUUUAGGAUUGGAAAGUAUAUGCGAUGAACUGAACAGGCUAAUAUAAGAGGGAUGGAAUUACAAAUCGCUUGAUAGUUCUACUUAAAAAUAAAUCAUUGAUUGAUUGGAGUAGGUAAUGUUCCCUUAGAAACUAUCUUUUCCCAAAUUAGUGAUUUCUCAUUAUUCCUAGAGGUUAAGCCUCCUUUUGACACGUUAAAGUUUUCACUCGCUCUACCUAGCUUUUUGCUUUUGGUGGUUCUGACAGCUUUUCCGCUGACCCCAGGAGAAGAGAACGCGGACUAUCUACCAGAGAUAAAUGCCAUUAGAACCGAAGAAAAUGGUCUUGCGGUGGGUGCAGCUUCAAGGUUGCUGACAAAGUUGCUCAACUACGAACUCUUCCACCGCAGCAUAGAUCCUCAACGUUUCAUCAACCUUCUCCGGGAGAUUCUCAAGUCCGAGAUCCCUCUCCAUGCAAAAGACUGGGUCGCUGCGUGCCUUGUGAAAAUCGAGUCAUUGGUCAGCCAGGAGGAGGGUGUCAAUUACCCGCUUGAUGUGGAAGUGAUCAUCUAUGAGACCAUUCCAAGACUGGUGGAGCAAAUGCGGGCAUCAGUCGAUGAGGAAGUGCAGGAGGCAGCCGGCCGUUGAACUGAACAGAAUUGUAUCCGAAGGGCUGCCGGAGUGCACUCAAGCAGUCAUCGCCGCUGGCGGCAUCCCUCUGCUGGUGCAGCUGAUCGACCAAGGGAGUGCGCAGGCAGUGGAGGCCUGCCUAGCCGUCCUAUACAAUGUUUGCAUGGAUGAUGAGAACCAUUCGGCCGUGGUUGCUGCCGGCGCAGUUCCCGUGCUGAGGAGGGUUAUUCUUUCGGAGAGGCCGCAGUGGACUAGAGCGCUUCAUCUCCUUAGGACACUCCCCACUUCCUCCGAUCUUUCUUGA